AUGGAGCAAUUCAAGGUUGAACUAGAUAUCGAUCCAGAACCACAAUCGCGUCAUGUAAUGACAAAAAGAAAUACGAGGUUGGCUAAUGCAAGAGAAAGAGCAAUGAUGCGUCAGGAUGUGGCUCCCACCAAUGGGAAAAGGACAAGAAGAGAAACAAGAAAAAACACAGUUACGGUUAGGAAGAAAAAUAAUCCUGUUCGUCAGUACUAUCCUGCUUUUGAGUAUCAAGAGGACGAGGAGUCGUCUCCAGAACCUGUCGUUAAGUUGACGCCUGAACGAAGAGCUGCGGCGGAGCAAAGAAUUGCUCAACAAAAAGCAGAAAUUGAAGAACAGAAAAGGAACGGAACUUAUGUAGACCCGAUGGAGUUGUACGAGGAGGCGCUGAGAAGAAACAAUCAAGACAUAAAACCAAAUAAAAGAGGCUCGGAAGUACCUUUUCCUGAAAAUCCAUUCAGAGCAAUCGUAUUGGCAAGAAUCGAAAAAGAGCGCGUAGAAAGGCAAAGGAGAGCGGCUGAGGAAGUUGGAGAUCUUGAGGCACAAGCCGCCACUUAUGCUGAAACAAGAAAAAAGCUGGACGAGGCAAGAUUGUAUAUGAGAAGGUAUGCUGUCGAAGAAGCCGCGAAAAGGGGAUUGCCGCCUCCACCGGAAGAUCCACUGGAUAUAUUUGAUUUAAGGGAACAUUUCGACCCUGACAGAGCAGAUGCUCCACCGGGACCAUCAUAUGAGGAAAUUAUGGCACGAGUAACACGUCCAAAAGUUAUCUCUCAAAUGCUAGAGGAGGCUGCCAAAAAAGAAGAAGCUGAACGAUUAGCCAGAGAGGCUGAAGCCGCUGCUGAAGUCGUUGCUGAAUCCACAUCAAAUAAUCAAGUCAAAUCAUGUACGAAGAGGAAGCGGGCUCAUAAAGCAGCCGAAGUGCAAGAGUUGAAUGGCCACUGCUGA